ACUUCUGUUAAGCUUUUAUUUUCCUGUAAUUCUUAGGUAUGUCCAGAAAUACUGGAAACUCAGCAAGACUCUUACUUCCUAAAAACUCAAUACAGGAAGACCCUCAACGAGACUCUAAUUUAGGUACUGUCUUGAAGCGAAGGCGACAAACUACUGCUUGCACAACUUGCCAAAGGAAACGUACAAAGUGCACCGGUACGACUCCUUGCCAGGGAUGUACAGCCUCGGGUUCUGAGUGCGUAUUUGAUUUCUCGAAGGACAAACGCCGCAAGGAAACCUUGCUAAAAGCACAGAGAGAUGCAUUGGACACCUACCAAAUUCUUUUACAGUUAGUCCGCAUUUUGUAUGAUGGCACUGAUGAAACUGUCAAGAAACUCCGAGGAAAUAUACAAGGUGUUCCCUCACUCCAAGAGGCCAUGGUAAAUUUGCGAUCAUUAUUCCCUUAGUGAUCAUCUUUGAGCUUGUUCGCUUGGUAAGGCUUAUAUUAAGCUCACUGGCGCAGUGUUAGCCUAGCAUCACUUUGACCCGAGAGCAGUUCCAGAAGGGUUGUAAAAUCAAUAUCAAGUGCGCCAAAUUACAUAUUCAUGUUUAGCUUUGAGAAGAUUAAUAGUCCUAGCGUACAGGUGUGGUUAUGGCGGCUUUCAUUUACCCUUACUUCCCUUCCAACAUGGAAUAUAUACGCUGCCACAACUAUAGCUAUCUAGUUUUACACGGUACCGUUACGAGCAGGCAGAAGCAGAAACAAAGAUCUUGUAAAAGCAUGUACUAUCCUUCUUGCCCCUGAAUAUUUUGGUUUGAUUAUCGACUCUUAAAAAGCUUCUAAAAAUGACUAUCCUUCCGAUUGAGACUGGUAUAGCUUAUAAAUGGGACAUAAUGUGGUUGAACGACGGAUAGUCCACAGUAUCACCUGUUGCAAUCGUUAUAUUUGUAUUUAACUUUUGAUCUCCCUGCGAUACAGAACGAGACACCACAAAAAUGAUUGACAUUUUACGGGACGGCGAGUGCCAAAGCGGUGAAAUAGUCGCCCGUAAGAUACGUGGUUUCCUUGGCAUAUCGGGGGAGACCUCCUUAAAAAACUGUCCUUUUUGGCCGUUGAUACAGCUAGCACUCACAACGGGAAGGCCUCAGCAGAAAAUUAUGUAUCCAAUACUUGGACAAAUAUAGUGAAUGUAGGAUGUGACGCG